AUGGAAGAGUCCAAUGUCCUGUGGGUGGUACUGGUUGGUGUAUGGGUAGAGGAAUCCAACGUCCUGUGGGUGGUACUGCUGCCAGCUCCUAUAUACUUGUCCCCUCCUACACAGCUGUCAGCUCCUUUACACUUGUCACGUCCCACACAGCUGCCAGUUCCUAUACACUUGUCACCUCCUAGCCAGCUGCCAGCUCCUAAACAAUUGUCAUCUCCUACACAGCUGCCAGCUCCUAUACACCUGUCAACUCCUACACAGUUGUCAGCUCCUAUACACUUGUCAUCUCCCACACAGCUGCCAGCUGCUAUACACUUGUCAACUCCUAGCCAGCUGCCAGCUCCUAUACACUUGUCACCUCCUACACAGCUGCCAGCUCCUAUAUACUUGUCACCUCCUACACAGCUGCCAGCUCCUAUCUACUUGUCACCUCCUACACAGCUGCCAGCUCCUAUACACUUGUCACCUCCUACACAGCUGCCAGCUCCUAUAUACUUGUCACCUAUACACUUGUCAACUCCUACACAGCUGCCAGCUCCUAUAUACUUGUCACCUCCUACACAGCUGCCAGCUCCUAUACACUUGUCACCUCCUACACAAACUGCCAGUUCCUAUAUACUUGUCACCUCCUACACAGCUGCCAGCUCCUAUAUACUUGUCACCUCCUACACAGCUGCAAGCUCCUAUAUACUUGUCACCUCCCACACAGCUGCCAGCUCCUAUAUACUUGUCACAACCUACACAACUGCAAGCUCCUAUAUACUUGUCACCUCCCACACAGCUGCCAGCUCCUAUAUACUUGACAUCUCCUACACAGCUGCAAGCUCCUAUAUACUUGUCAUCUCCCACACAGCUGCCAGCUCCUAUAUACUUGUCACCUCCCACACAGCUGCCAGCUCCUAUAUACUUGUCACCUCCUACACAGCUGCAAGCUCCUAUCUACUUGUCACCUCCUACACAGCUGCCAGCUCCUAUAUACUUGUCACCUCCUACACAGCUGCAAGCUUCUAUAUACUUGUCACCUCCUACACAGCUGCAAGCUCCUAUAUACUUGUCAUUUCCUACACAGCUCCCAGCUCCUAUACAUUUGUCACCUUCUACACAGCUGCCAGCUCCUAUACACUUGUCAACUCCUACACAGUUGUCAACUCCUACACAGCUGCCAGCUCCUAUACACUUGUCACCUCCUACACAGCUGCCAGCUCCUACACUUUAAACUUCUAUACAAUUGUCAUUUAG